AUGAUGGAGUGCUCUAAAAUGGAAUAUUAUGAGAUGCAACAGGUAAAGUUAAGUUUGCAGGUGGGCAAGGAGGACGAAAGGAAAGAUAUGUCCAUUGAUAUGGUCCACUUGGAAAAGUUGUGUUUGAGCUUUAUGGAGGUGGAAAUGGAUAGCAGUGGAAGAGUAAUGGAUGAGUCAAUGCAAAGAAUGCAAAGAAUCACAAAUACUCCACCAUCAUCUGCAGGGAAAUCGUCGUUGCUAAUGAAAUUACUGAGGAGUGGAAGUCUUUACGAACCUUAUUGAUACCAAGCAAAUGCUCAACUUCCCACUGAUCGCUUGCUUCGCUGCUAUUGUUCUGUGGAUUUGGCAAUUCUUGUAGCAGCAAUGUUGUGAUGGAUUUCGGAUGUGUCGAAAAAAGAUCAGAGUAUUGAAGUUACCGCAUUUGCAAUCAUCCAGCUAGCUGACCAAGCAAGCAACACUGUUUACCAAUCGCGUUGAUUCUUGGACACUUGGACAUAUUUGGCUAUUGGCUUCAACAAUUAAAUAUGCUGACUCUAAAUGGAUUUAUAGAUAGGGGAUGGGAUGUUCAAUACAAAUAUGUCUUGUUCAUUGAUAUAAGCAGCAAUAAUCUAAGAAGUUGAUAGCAUUUUCGCAGAAUAAAAUAGGAGGGAAGAAUAGAAUCAUGAGAGGGAUAUGCGGCUUAGUGUCGUGUCGGAUGGGAAGUGAGGGCGCUGCAGAUGGCGGGAAUUGAAUUUUCUCCAAAUGCCUUCUCUCAAUUUACUAGUCAUAAUUCAAUUUCUUCCAAAUAGCUAUUUUUAAUUUACUUUUACUUCACUCUUAUCUAUGCUACUUCUCUCCUACUUUUCCUUGUUUCUCUGUUUCAGCUUUAUCAAAAUUGUAAUCAACAAUUUCCAAUCUAUCUUUUGUCAUUAUACAUAUGUGAAAUGAUAAUAGGAAAGAUUAUAAUUGCAAUGCACAGAUUUCAGCGAUUGUGCCUAGCGCUCUUGCUAUUUGUUUGAAGCAUAUUUCAAAAGUGCAUUCCACAAAGAGUCUUAUCAUCUGAAUAUGAUAAACUCGUUUAGAAGUACAAAUCAGAAGAUCGACUUCACUGCAUAAAAAGGACAACGCAACAUAACUUGGAACGAUCGAAUUGAAUCAAUCAGACAACUUAGAGAUUACUUUGCUCCAAUCUUUGAGAAACAUUUCCACCUAUUUCUGGAUCAAUAGAAAGAUGAAAGUGGAUGGAUAUUCAUAAGCUUUUGAAUUUUGAUAGCGCUUAAAUUUGGUUUAUAUCUGACUGAAGUACAUAAAGCUGGUUAAAUUUACCUAAUAAUUUCAAUGUUACGUUCUGAUUCCACCACAGAAAUCAUCCCUACGACAACAAAAUCAAUGCGUUUAUCAUCCGAAGAAACUAAAGAUGCUGACCGGAAUAGAAAUGAAAUUCAAUGAUACUUCUCAUUAUUUUAUAUUUAAGUUCAGGAAAUGAUACCUUUCUUGCACUUUUCUGCUAUCAAAGCUUGAAUGAUAUGAUUGAUGUAGGUUGGAAAGUGAUCAUUACCAACUAGUCGAAAGUUGCAAAGCAACUGGUAAUGGUUUCAGGAAAUAAAAGAAGGAGGCAUUUCUAUUUGCAACAUUCUUUCUAAACGUUCCAAACAAGUUCUCUCUGUUUCCGUGAACUGAAGUUAUAUAUAUCGGUAUGUAUAUCCGCUAUGUAUCACGUUCUCACCGUAUUAUAUCCAAAUCACCGUAUUUCUAUGUAUUUCUCUUUCUCAUUUUUUUGAAAAUUGCAAUGCGUUUUAUAAGUAAUGGCAAUAAACUUCAUGAAAUAAAAGGCUUC